AUGUCUCCUCUCAUCUUUCAGCUCGUGCCAGAUAGUCAAGCGCGGAGUAGGGCGGUCGUCGCUCCUGGACAGACGGUCAAACCAGGUCAAGUAAUCUUGCGCAGCUCAUCUUUAGCCACCUCUCUUCUUCCGAAAUCUCGAGGGCAGAGAUGUGAUGAAUGCUGUCGCCAAACGACUGUCAAGGCCUGCUCGCGGUGCAAGGAGGCGUUUUACUGUGAUACUCGAUGUCAAUCUGCUGCCUGGAAGUCGCAUCACCGUACUACUUGCGCUCUCCUGAGCAAUGGGUACCGUGCUAAACAUCCUUAUAUAUCCCAACCAGAAGGGAAACAGGCAGAUCUAGAUCUUUUAAUCACGCUUUACGGUCUGGUGGCAACUUCUCAGCCAAGCAUGUUUGAACAGAGCAACUGGGCUGUACGGCGAGAACCAACGCUACUCCCAGAGGAACCAUUAGAGUGUUUUAGUACUCUUUUACCUCACUCUGGUCAAGUGGACCCACCAUAUAUUCCAACCACAUUUGGCAAAACCCAAGCCGAAUUCCUCAAAGAGGCCUGGGCACGCUUUGAAAAUAACAAUUUUGUCCUUCAUAACAUUUCUUCCAUGGUGCCGAACUCUGGAGCAUAUGCUCAUGGUAUUUUUCCACACGCAAGCCGUGGGUUCAAUCAUUCCUGUAGCCCGAAUGCUUGGCCAGCUUUCGUCCUCGAGCAACGCCAGGCCUGGCUCGAAAUAAGAGCGCUCAUUAGCAUAAAAGAGAGUGAAGAAAUUACAAUACCGUACCUGGAUCCGGCGCUCUCUCUCCCGGAACGGCAAGCACGGCUCAAGGCAACCUACGGAUUCGACUGCACUUGCUCUCGCUGCGAUUUGGAGAAGAAACUACCCCUUCCAACAGAACUACCCAGAUACACUUUGUUGGUAGAGCAAGAGCUUACGACCUACGUCUUCCCAGGUUCCCCGGAUGAAUUUCAAGUUGAUGGGUCCAACUUAGAUCUAUUACGUCAAUUACCAGCGCACUUAGGGGCUGUGAGGCAUGAACUAUUCUUCAAGAGUCUAUCGAAACGCUUUGAGGACCAUGUGCAUGAUGGACCAUAUGAGGACGCCUGGACGAUUGGAAGGGCACUCCUUGCUCUCUGUAUACUUGUUUACCCUCCAAACUACCCACUAAUUGGCUACUACGGGCUAGAGCUUGCAAAGGCGUCCUGGAAUGCGCAUAUCUCCGAUUUGGUCACACCUUGGGCGCGUCGGCUAUCUCGUUUACUCGACUUUAUUGAACCGAUUCUCGCCAUCGUCGCUUUAGAGGAAGAGGGUCAAAACGACGGCCUUGGUGUCUGUAAAACCCUUAGAGAUAUGCUUAUGGAAGACGCCUCCUCUGGAUGA